AUGUCAAAAGGGGACAAUUUUGUUGUUUUCCGCAGGAUGAGAAUGGACUGUGCCUCGAAGAAGACAACUUUCGUAUGUCUUUUCCUUGGAGCCGUUGUCAUCCUCAGCUUCUCUUUCCAUCGAACCGAAAUCAAGGAAACUCCCCGACUCAGAGGCAACGUGGAAGGAGACAGCAUUACUGCAGUUUCAGAUGCUCCAGGAGAAGACCUCAUUCCGGCCUGGAUGGAGAGGGCACGCAAGGAGCAAGAAGUCCAAGAGUUAGUGGCCAAACUGGACCGGCGCUUCCCCCGGUUGACCUUCGCCAGACUCAACAAAACCUCCAGCGCCUCAAAGAGCAAAGCCAGCCUGGUGAACCCCAAGGCGUCCUACUGUCUUGGAGACCAGUUGAUGGUCCGGCUGGACGUGUUUGACCGCUUGGGAUGGAGGAAGAGCCACGGAGGAGACUUCUUGAGGGCCAGAGUCUUCUCCCCGAAACUCAAGGCCGGAGCCGCCGGGCACAUCCAAGACUUUGGCAACGGGAAGUACUUGGUCCGCUUCCCCUUAUUCUGGGAAGGGGAGGUGAAGGUCUCGCUCUCGCUCUUCCACCCCAGCGAAGGGGUCUCGGCACUCUGGGCGGCGAGGAAAAGAGGCUACGACAAAAUCGCCUUCGUGGGCACCUUCUUGAAUGGAACGGACAUGGUUUCAGCCGAAUGCUCCUUGGAAAGGACGGCAAACGCAGAGCUGUGCGAAUAUCUAGACCGACGUGACCAAGAGGCCUUCUACUGUCUCAAGCACAAGAAGGUCUCCUGUGAGGCCUUCAUCCGUCUCAGGUCCUACAACACCAAUGUCUCCUACCUCACUGACUUGGAGCGGAGUCUUUUACAGAGGUCCAACAUUGGAGUUGAAAUCCCUCACAAGUUGAGAUCGAUUCGCGUUCAGCCUUGCAAAAGCAACAAGGCAGCCCCAAAAAGCCAGAAAUGCCCCCUCGGGAUGGGCUCCCCUUCGCCCAGCGGCUUUUUCUGGCAGAACCGAUGGCACCCCGUUUUGUGCGACAUCCCCGCCUUUGACAAUUUCACGCGGCAGUUGGACACUUGCCUGAAAGGGAAGCAAAUCUACCUGAUGGGAGACUCGACAGCACGGCAGUGGAUUGAGUACUUCACCAGGAAAGCGCCCACAUUUCAAUACCUCGACACCCACGGGUUUGGCAAGCACCGGAACCUGGUAGCGCUGGACCUGGCCAGGAACAUCCAGCUGCAGUGGAACAAGCACAACCACCCACUGGUCACCGGCAACGAUUACACGACGACGGACCACAGCUACGUGGCCCGAGAGAUCGACCGCCUGGCCGGGGACGCCAACACGGCGCUGGUCCUGGCCUUGGGGCAGCACUUCCGCCCCUUCCCCAUCCAGCUCUUCAUCCGGCGGAUGGUCAACAUACGGGAGGCCAUCCGGCGCCUUCUCCUGAGGAGCCCGCAGACCAAAGUGGUCAUCAAGGGAGAAAACACUCGGGACUUCUACUCAGAUGUUGAGCGCUUCGGGGACUUCUAUGGCUUUGCUCAGAACCUCGUCCUGCGGGACAUAUUUAAGGGUCUGGACGUGGCUUUCAUCGAUGCCUGGGACAUGACCAUCGCCUACGGUUCCAACCAGAUCCAUCCUCCAGACGACGUAAUUUGGAGCCAAAUUCGGAUUUUCUUCCACUAUGUUUGCUGAGGCCGGAAAGGCCAAAAGGUACAUCUGCUGCUCUGCUUGACGCUAGAGACACACCUGGGUUAGAAUGAGCUAUGUCGGUGUGCAAUGCGUGACCGAGAGAAACGUGUAUACAAGAGGCUCCGUUGUGGCAUUCUUGUAGAAAUAUUCUGGCAUUACAAAGUCCCACCAAAAUAUAACAACAACAACAACAACACUGGGUGCCAUGCCAAAAAAUCUCAGCCGGCAUUUGGAAACAAUAGACAUUGACAAAAUCACAAUCUGCCAACUGCAAAAGGCCACCCGAUUGGGAUCUGCACACAUCAUCAGAAAAUACAUCACACAGUCCUAGACACUUGGGAACAACAACAACAACACUGGGUGCCAUGAUAAGAAGAAGAAGAAGAAGAAGAAGAAGAAGAAGAAGAAGAAGAAGAAGAAGAAGAAGAAGAAGAAGAAGAAGACGACGACUCUGGCAGAAACCAGUGCAGGUGGUCCCGGUGGUGAUGGGCACACUGGGUGCCGUGCCUAAAGAUCUCAGCCGGCAUUUGGAAACAAUAGACAUUGACAAAAUCACAAUCUGCCAACUGCAAAAGGCCACCCGACUGGGAUCUGCACGCAUCAUCCGAAAAUACAUCACACAGUCCUAGACACUUGGGAAGUGUUCGACUUGUGAUUUUGUGAUAUAAAAUCCAGCAUAUCUAUCUUGUUUACUGUGUCAUAAUAAAAUAAUAAUAAUAACAAUA